AUGACGACGGUUGAGGAAUCAAAGACUAUAGAAGAUGCAAUGGCGCUACCGCCAUUUUCCUUUUCCAAGAAACCUAUCGAUAAGUCUGUGUCCAUAUCAACAGACCUGAACAUUACAAGCAGUUUGUUUCGAGAGAGCCCUUCCAAAAGUUUGAAUUUCAAUACCAAACAGGGUUCUAAACAGGGCUCUAAUCCAGGCUCAAAUUCAGGACUGCAUCAUGGUGCAACUCAAAGCACAAGAACAAGUAAUGGCACGGGUAAUGGAAUGGAUAUAGAUGUGAAUGAUUUGCAUAGCAGCUUUGGAUACGAUGAGCAUAUACGUUUCCCAAGAAUGAAUAGCACUUUCUACACUUAUAAUUCAAACACAAAGCGCAGUUCAUAUAGCUCAACCGAAGAAGAUUCAAAGAGUCGCAAAAAUGGUAAAGGUACCAAGAGUGCUGGGAUUAGCAGAUUAAACUCCUUUGAAUUAGCUGAAACAAGUAAUGAAGGCGGAGAAGAAAAGUACCAGCCAGCAGCCUUUGAUCUUACCAAACCAUUAAGGAGACUUUCCAAAAAGCAAGAGGAAGAGGAAGAGGAAGGAGGAGGAGUAGGAGGAGGGGAGAGAGGAAAGGAAAAUAAAGAGGAAGACGAUAUUAAACUUAUUUUGGAAUAUACCAAGAACAACAAGCUUUAUAAUUCCAUUAGUCCCCAGGCCAAAUUAAAGACUAGUUUGACUCGCAUGAAAAAGCCAUUGAUGACACCUGCUGUGCUUCGACCACCAAUGGAACGCAACUCGUCGUCUACAACAAAUCUGCUAGUUGCUGCUUAUACUACGUACACCAUUUUGAAUGUUGCAAACGACCAAUUACGAAUAUCCGAGCCUACCCAUGAGCAUUGGAAACCAAAUUCGAGUACCUGUAUGGGUUGUAGAGCAAGACUAUUUAGUUCCCUUGUGUCUAUUAUUUAUGACGUUUCAAGUUGUCAUCACUGCCGAUUAUGUGGACUGGUAUUUUGCAACAAUUGUUUAGAAGAAACAGUUGUGCUUGACCAAUAUGCAAAUCUUAUAGUUCCAUUACCAAAUAGGGUUCAAACACAUACAAUGAAAGAGUCAAGGGUAUGCCAGAAAUGUACAAGAAUGAGUCAGGAUGUCACUAAAGUAAUUAGUCAACACGUUUCAAAGGACAUUGAUGAGUCAUUUGUUAUUGUUGAAAAUCCGUAUACUGCACAACUACCGAACUACCAAUUUAUCAAGAGAUCGAGACAAAUAAACACGUGCGAAAAUGGAGAGUUGGUUAAUGGCGAUUACAAUGAAAGUCGACGGCAAAGUGUUGUUGGUGAAGUACCUUCCGACUGGACGUGGAGUUCCUUUUAG